AUGCUCGCCUGGAUCGAGAGGGUGGUGCCCCAGCCUCCGGAGCCCGUUCCCGCGGUGAAGGACGAGAGCCCAGCACCCAAGACCCAAGAUGUGGAGCCGACGAAGCUGCCCAAAGGGAACACCGGUGGCCCCAAGGCUGCUCCCGACUGCGCGGAGGGACGCCGGUUGUGUCUUCUCUUUGCUGCUGUCAUUGAAGCGGUGGAGAAGAAGGUUGAAUUUGCAGUUCCUGAGGACCCAGCACCGACGUCUGUGUUUGAGAGCGUGGGAGGCGGUGUGCUUUCCUGGCUGUCCCAGGGGCUGGAGAAGGUCAUUCCCCAGCCAGCCCAGGCCCCAGGGACACUGCAGGCACUCGGGAAGAGCUUCGAGACAAGCAUCGAUGUUCCCGAUCAGACUGAAGUCCAGAUCCUCAAGGAUGAGGAAGAGGAUGCGCUAGAGAUAACCCCCUUCGAUCCGGAGGAAGACGAGCUGGAAGCCUGCGAGGGUGAGGCCGGUUCGGACACCGCAGAGAACUGGGGGCCCACGCGAGUCUUCGGCUGGCUGGUGCAGGGCUUCGAGCGAAUGGUGCCACAGCCGGAGGUGGUGAAAAGGCCCAAGGCGCCGAAAGAGGAAAGGCCCGAAGAGGCGGCCGUGGCGCGAGAAACCCAAGCAGACACAAAAGGGAGUAAAACCCGGGCGAAGCCCAAAGGCAGCACUGGCGAGAGCCUCCCCGGAGCGGUGGAGCAGGCAGCGGCCGCCACGCAGCCGGGACCCGGAGCCCCCCUGCUCCCGCGGUCGCUGCCCACCGACGGCAGCGGGAUGUUCAGCUGGUUUGUCCAGGAGCUGGAGAAGGUGAUGCCGCAGCCCGUGAUCAAAGCGCCGCAGGAUGCUCGGGGAGAAGCAGCAACCUUGACUCCUGUGCAAGAAAUUCACAUCCCCCUGGGGAAUCAAGUGGAGACAGAUCUCAUCAUGGAAGAGAUGGAUGAUGACGGGAGUAACGAAGCCACGUACAUGACGAUGGCCUCGGAUCAGGAGGCCAAGCUGGUGGCAGAUGCUCAUCGUCUUCCCCCCAUAGAAGAGGAACUUCAGGAAGAAGAAUACAGGUUGGAGGUGUCGUGCUCCCCGAAUGGCGCCGAGGAGGAGGAGGAGACGGAGGGCGCGGGACCCCUGCUCCAGCCUCCUGGCCUUAGUGCUGAUGAUGAGGUGGAUGAAGGCUUCUUUGUAGAAGACCCCCCUGAUUUUGAAGACCUCAAAGGCACCGAGUUAAGUGAUCAUGAAGGCACUUUCAUACAGGUGGAAGAGAAGAUAGCUGAGGCCGCUGAAGCCGAUGUUGAAGGGCCACGUCAAUACCCCACCGUAAGCAUCAAGGACGUGGACGGCCCAGCUGAUGCUCAGGAGAGCGAAGGCGGGUGCUUGCUGGCGCCGGCCCUGAGCACCAGCCAUGCGCUGGCGGUGCCCGAUGCGGUGACAGCCUCCCCCAGGAGGAAGGUGCAGACCCCAGAAGACAGCGGGGAUGAGGUGCCUCUAGCCUCAACAAGCCAAUCUCCUGUGCAAACGUGGCCUGGCCAGGACAAGGAGGAGAGAGAAAACCUGCCUGAACGCAUUGGUUCAGCUGCAAGCCAGAACAGCGCAGUCAUCAACGACCGGCUCCAGGAGCUGGUGAAGCUCUUUAAAGAGAGGACUGAAAAGGUGAAAGAGAAGCUGACGGACCCUGAUGCCACAUCUGACGAUGAGACCCCUGUGGCAUCCCCUUCCAAGCAAGCCCCUGCGGAAGCUCCGCCGCCUGCCCCGGAAAAGGAGCCGGAGGCGGCCAAGGUGGUGGAGGAUGAGCAUUACUGCGAGAUGCUGUGCUGCACGUUCAAGUAUCGGCCCUGGCUGGGCCGCAUGAAAAGCUACCGGUUCCCAAGCAGCAUAGAUCCGCUCACCAACCUGUUCUACGUGCUGUGGCUGUUCUUCGUUGUUCUGGCCUGGAACUGGAACUGCUGGCUGAUUCCCGUCCGCUGGGCCUUUCCUUACCAGACGCCAGGAAACAUCCACUACUGGCUGCUCAUGGACUAUCUCUGUGACCUCAUCUACCUCCUGGACAUCGUCGUCUUUCAGACCCGUCUCCAGUUUGUCCGAGGAGGAGACAUAAUAAGCGAUAAAAAGGCCAUGAAGGAGAACUACCUGAAAUCACAACGCUUUAAGAUGGAUAUGGUGUGCCUCCUUCCUCUCGAUUUCUUCUACUUCAAAGUUGGGGUCAAUCCGCUCCUACGUUUCCCUCGCUGUCUGAAGUACAUGGCCUUCUUUGAGUUUAAUAACCGCCUUGAGGCUAUCCUGAGCAAGGCGUACAUCUACAGAGUGAUUCGGACCACUGCCUACUUACUCUACAGCUUGCAUGUGAACUCCUGCCUCUAUUACUGGGCAUCAGCAUAUGAAGGACUGGGCUCUACCACAUGGGUCUAUGAUGGGGAAGGAAACAGUUACAUCCGCUGUUAUUACUGGGCAGUCAAAACCCUCAUCACCAUCGGGGGCUUGCCGGACCCCAAGACGCUGUUUGAGAUUGUCUUCCAGCUGCUGAACUAUUUCACGGGUGUCUUUGCUUUCUCUGUAAUGAUAGGCCAGAUGAGAGAUGUGGUUGGCGCCGCUACCGCAGGCCAAACUUACUAUCGGAGCUGCAUGGACAGUACUAUUAAAUACAUGAACUUCUACAAAAUCCCCCGAACUGUUCAGAACCGGGUCAAAACGUGGUACGAGUACACGUGGCAUUCCCAAGGCAUGUUAGAUGAGUUAGAGCUGUUGGUGCAGCUGCCGGACAAGAUGAGGCUGGAUAUUGCGAUCGAUGUGAACUACAACAUCGUGAGCAAAGUGGCACUUUUCCAGGGCUGUGACAGGCAGAUGAUCUUUGACAUGCUGAAGCGGCUCAGAUCGGUUGUCUACCUACCUAACGACUACGUGUGUAAGAAGGGAGAAAUCGGCCGCGAGAUGUACAUCAUCCAGGCGGGCCAAGUGCAGGUGCUCGGGGGACCCGACGGCAAAAGCGUGCUGGUAACUCUGAAAGCCGGAUCCGUGUUUGGAGAAAUAAGCUUGCUGGCAGCAGGAGGGGGAAAUCGCCGAACGGCAAACGUCGUAGCUCACGGAUUUGCUAAUCUUUUCAUUUUGGAUAAGAAAGACUUGAACGAAAUUCUGGUGCAUUACCCAGAGUCCCAAAAGCUGCUGCGCAGAAAAGCUAAGAAAAUGCUGAAAACCAACAAUAAACCCAAAGAUGAGAAAGGAGUGCCUGGAGACUCAGUCAUCAUUCCCCCAAAACCCGACACGCCGAAACUCUUCCAGGCUGCCCUGGCUGCCGCGGGGAGGAUGGGAGGCAAAGGGAAGCUCGCUCACCUCCGGUGGAAGCUCAGGGAGCUGAAAGCCAUGCAGGCCAUGCAGGAUUCCAGUUUCAGUCCAAUUCCACCAAAAUCACCAGUACACCAGCGAUCACCCACAGCCUCCCCCAAAGCAGCCACUCCAAAGGAAGAAGAAAUCAUCGCAACGUCUUCGGACAAUUUAGUCGCUAUUCGUCUGAUUUCCGCCCCACAAGAGGACGAAGAGAUACUCUCUGCUGAGAUUUCAGAGAUAGAAGAAGUAAAAUGAAAAACUAGCAAAUUCUGGGGCCAGUGCCACGAGUAGGAAUCAGACAAAUAGAUGUUUUUACUCGUUAAUAAUUUCCAUGCAGUGGCUAUAGGCUUUGCUAGCUAUAGAUGUCGAUAGGCUCUGCCUUUCUUUUUUAUUUAGACCUUCACCCACUGUUGAUAAAACCCAUUACUCUAAGCAACCGCUUUUUACCACUCUGAGUGGUUAAUGAGUGUCUGUUCAGAUAAAGUAUGAAGAAUUAUUCUCCUCUGAAAUCUGAGUCAUUGCUUAGCCAGAGACAAACACAAAGGAAAAAAAAACCACAAGAUUCCUCUGUUGGCCUCAAGGUUGUCACAAGCAGUUACUGAGUGAUUCAUCUGGAAAGGAUUUGGGUUAGUCUCACAAGCUGAACAGAGAUCAAAUAGUACUGUAGUGAAAAAAAUCAAAGUCUGCCCUGACAUGCACAGGCUUCAAGGCAGGUGAGCAUCCCCUUCUGCUCCGCUCAGGUUGCUGCUCCAUAUAGGUGUAGCCUAGUUAGAGGAUGCAAAAAUGAGCAAAACUGCAAAAGAUGCACUCCAUGAGGAAGGAGUGGACAAGAGAAAAAGUCUUACUUUGCGUCAGGAGUAAUUCAAGUUUGCCGUUGGAAAGAAGAGUGACUGACAGGAACGGACUGCCAAGGCAGUUGUAGGCUCUCCAUUGUUGGCAGUUUUUAAGGACAGAUUUGACAACAAUCUUUCAGCGACAACAGAAGUAAAACUGAGCCCAUCUUGGGCCAGGUGAUGGCCUCUGCAGAGCCAUUCCAGCCUUGGUUGUCCACGGUUCUGUCAUCACAGAAGAGGAAAACAGAAUUAAGAAGGUGAGAAGCCUUGCUGCUGGACCAGGAAAGAAAAGCGAGAUGAGUGGUAUCCUCUCCAAGCCAUUAUUUCAUGUUCAGCCCAGAGCUGGCUGUGCACAAGUGGAUGUGCUGUCGAUCCCAUGGCGUGUUGGUCACCGCGUGCCUCCCUGUGAGCCCGUGACCCAUCAACCUUUCUAAAGGCCCGUUUCCAAGCCCUUCCCAUCACUUUGUUGGAUCUCAACCACUUUGCCGAGGGCGCUCAUCAACGCCUUGGUCCCCCGCUUGACGGCAAGACAUGCGGCGCCAGGACAGGGUGCUGGGAGGGAAGGCGAGUGCCCCGGGCUAAUGCUUUUUCUCCAACAUCACCAAUCCUUCAGCUUCCUUAACCUCGUCAUUACUCUAAGACAAGCUGCUGAGCAGAAACGCAAUGACUGUGUGGAGGAGUCAGGCUUCCCAGACGGAGAAAGUCCAGCCUGGCCUCCCUGCGUCUGCCGGCAGCCCCGCUCAUUUAUUCCUCCGUUGCUAUUUAUUCUAAUCCAAAAACAUGAGUUUUGCUUUCCUCGGAUGAGGCAGCAGUAGUCGGCUGCUCUCAAUAUGAUGCUUAACCAGGGGAAGAUGCAGAUCAUCUCCCCUAGGUUUCUGCUUGCCAGGUCUCUGUGGCAUCACCCGCUCCACUGAACGAAGCCGAUUUUCCUUCCUCUGGAGGAAAAGAGGAGCCGCAUUUUGCUGCAUGGAGCAGUCACCGAGGUGUAGUCGAGGCAAAUGUCGGCUGCUCAGCAAAUACCCAGACAAGCGCUGCAGGUUUGGCGAGUCUGCCUAUGAAAUGGCAGAGCUCCGAAUAAAAGGUAUCAUGGUGCAGGUGUCAUCUACGCCUGUAGUUAUUUGCAAAAAUUCCUCUCUUCAUAAAGAACCUUUUUGUUGCUCUUUACCUCAUGAUGGGGUUUCGUGCUUUGCUGUAAUACCCAUAUUUUUUUCCUUUCUCUUGGAAAAUACAUGGUUUCCUGUGGAGGAAAAAGCCAGGAUAUAUAUUAAUCAGUGAUGACUUGGUUUCUUUUAAGUAAAACUUCAGGACACCCCACUAUGUUACCUGAGGAUCUGAAGCUGCCACUGUCCUUAAGGUUGCAGAGGAAAGCUUGAACUC